UUCUAUUGCGCGAAUACAAGCACGCACCUCCGUAACAGGCCAGUAGUUCUACAUUCGCUGUGGAUCUCCGGGAAGAAAAGCAGCGCGGGACUAGCUCAGUUCGUUAGAAGAGAUUUACCUAUAAUUCGAGGACAUUUGUUCGUCUCCUUGCUUACCGCGGACUUGGUCUUCACGGCAUUGAGGGCAAUUUGUCUAUACUAUCGCUGAAAAGAUCAGCUUGGAAGAUGGGUCAAGUCCCCGCGAUUUCGGUCCUUAUUUUGGGCAUCGUAGUUCCUGGGCUGGCCGGCUAUAUUGAGGCGCUAGCAGCCAACGCUGGCACAGGAUUUGCUGUAGCGGAGCCACAGGUGGCCAUGUUCUGUGGGAAGCUCAACAUGCACGUUAACAUCCAGACAGGACGCUGGGAGCCGGAUCCAUCCGGACUAAAGAGUUGUGUAGGAACCAAAGAGGGCGUGCUGCGCUACUGUCAGGAGAUGUACCCUGAGCUUCAGAUUACUAACGUGGUGGAGGCCAACCAGCCAAUAAAGAUUGAGAACUGGUGCAAGAAGGAGAAGAAGCUCUGUAAAGGCCACGCCCACAUCGUGGUGCCUUAUAAAUGCUUAGUGGGGGAGUUUGUGAGCGACGUGCUGCUGGUUCCUGAGAAGUGCAAGUUCUUCCACAAAGAGAGGAUGGACAUGUGUGUUAGCCACACACAGUGGCAAGGGGUGGCCAAAGAGGCCUGUUCCAAGAGUGCCAUGGUCCUUCACAACUACGGCAUGUUGCUGCCCUGUGGCAUUGAUAAGUUCCAUGGAACUGAGUAUGUGUGCUGCCCUCCCGCCGGAGAGACGUCACUGCCCGCCAUGCCUUCACAGGAGGAGGACGAGGAGGAUGAAGAGGAGGAUGAAGAGAUAGAGGAGACUGAAUUGGAUCAGGAAGAGCCUGUAGAGGAGGAGAGCGAAGCACCAGCUGAUGAGCAGCCCCCCACACAGAAGGAGGAGGAGCCUGUAGAAGAGGAAGAUGACGACGAGGAAGAGGAAGAUGAAGGAGAGUAUCACUAUGUGUACGAGGAUGAGGAGGCUGACCGAGAAGAAGAUGAGGAGAAGACAGACAAGGAUACUGUUUCGGAGAGCCAAGAUGAAGACAAGACCCUGAUAGAGGUCAAGGCGGUGUGCACCCUGGAGGCCGAGACUGGCCCCUGCCGUGCCUCCAUGCCCCGCUGGCACUUCGACAUGGCAACCAGGAAGUGCGUCCGCUUCGUGUACGGGGGCUGUGCCGGAAACCGCAACAACUUUGACUCAGAGGAGUACUGCAUGGCUGUGUGCAAACGCCUCACAGCCCCUCCCACCCCCCAGCCUACGGAUGAUGUUGAUGUGUACUUCGAGACCCCAGCUGAUGACAAGGAGCACACCCGCUUCCAGAAGGCAAAGGAGCAACUGGAGAUCAGGCACCGCAACCGCAUGGAGAGGGUGAGGAAGGAGUGGGAGGAGGCAGAGCGUCAGGCUAAGACUCUUCCUAAGGCUGAGAGACAGACUCUGAUUCAGCACUUCCAGGCCAUGGUAGAGGCCCUGGAGGAGGAGGCGGCCAGUGAGAAGCAGCAGCUGGUCGAGACCCACCUGGCACGGGUGGAGGCCAUGCUGAACGACCGCCGACGCCUGGCGCUGGAGAACUACCUGGCUGCCCUGCAGGCUGACCCUCCAAGGCCCCAUCGUAUUCUGCAGGCUCUGAGGCGGUAUGUGCGCGCAGAGAACAAAGACCGUCAGCACACCAUCCGCCACUACCAACAUGUCCUGGCUGUCGACCCUGAGAAGGCCGCUCAGAUGAAGUCCCAGGUGAUGACCCAUCUGCGGGUGAUUGAGGAGAGAAUGAACCAAAGUCUGUCUCUGCUCUACAAAGUACCCUACGUCGCUGAGGACAUCCAGGAUGAAAUUGACGAGUUGCUCCAGGAACAGAAGGCAGACAUGGACCAGUUCCUUUCGUCCAUCUCCGAGUCCCAGCCGGAUGUGACCGUGUCUUCCGAGGAGAGCGUCGAACUUCCCGUCUCAGAAGGAAAACCCUAUCGGCCCUUCCAGGUCAAUUCGCUGGGGUCACGACCCGAACCAGAGGGAGAUCUAUCAGACACCCCACGUGCCUUCAAGAAAGGUUCAGGAAUGUACGGCCAGGAUGGACUGAUCGGAGCAGAGGAGAGGAUCAUCAACAGCAAGCCCAAGAUCAACAACAACAUGCAGGUGGUUGAUGAGACUCUGGAUGUAAAGGAAGUGAUUUACAGUGCUGAGAGAGUCAGCGUUAUGCAUGAUGAUGAGAUGGAACCUUACCAUCCACUGGGUGAGGACUUCAGUUUCGGUAGCUCUGCUCUGAUUGGUUUGCUGGUGAUAGCGGUGGCCAUAGCAACGGUCAUAGUGAUCAGCCUGGUGCUUCUGAGGAAGAGACAGUAUGGCACCAUCAGUCAUGGCAUUGUGGAGGUGGACCCCAUGCUGACCCCCGAGGAGCGCCACCUCAGCAAGAUGCAGAACCACGGCUACGAGAACCCCACCUACAAAUACCUGGAGCAGAUGCAGAUCUAGCCUCCAGCCACCAGGGGGCAAGGUGGCGCUGAGCAGAGGUGGAACAUACUACUGAUCAUGCAAGAUUGCAUCAGAUUACAAUCCAUGUGAUGGGUCUGUUUCAAAACAAUCCGUUACAAUAAUACUACUACUACUAUUGUUAUAUUCAGCUCCCUUUGGAUCUCCCGAUUUAUUUUAAAAGGUGAUGUAUCUUUUAUGUUCUGGAGGAUGUGAUUCAGCAAAUUACUCUGUAAUUAAUUAUUGCGUACGAUGCUCUCCGAUUAUUAAGAUGUACUACAUUUCUUCUGUUGUUUUUUUUUUUUUUUUUUUUUAAACAUUGCAACGAGGCAAAUCAAGCAGAGCAUUGAAGCUAAAUGUAACAGACACUAUCGUUUUCUUUCCCAUCGUACUGGUGUCCAUGACCUGGCGGUCUAGAACGUUGUUGGUGUUUUCUUUUCAAUAGAUUGCUUGUAUAUGAAGGUUCUUUGUACUUAUUAAAAUGAUGUAUAUUGAAACUACAAAUGAGAAGAGAAAAAUAUGAGAUCAUGAAUUCUGUUGCUUUCUGGUCUUUGUUAUGAUUACAAAGAAAAAUAUACAUAAACAGUUUAAAAUAGAAAUAAAAAGUAGAUUUUAUUCCACCUUUUUUCCAGGGAAGAGAUUGAGACUGGGAGGGUGGCUGGGCUGGGCUUUUCAGACAGAGAGAGCAAGACGGACCAGCAGAGAUAGAAAGACCAUCAGAGAGAGACGAGAGCAAGAGACAGACAGAUUGACAGAGACAGGGGAUGUACAGGCCCCCCUGCUAGCUGAUCAGACACCACUCAAACACACCUACCCUGGACAUCAAAAUGAAUGUGUUAAGAAGCCCCUCUCGUAGUCCACACACACACAUUUCCUUAUUUGAAUGUAUUGUGAAGUAAUUCUAAUAUCUCCGGAGAUGUAAAACUGAUGUUAAAAUGAAUCGGAGAAUUAUUAUAAAUGUGCAAUACACAUCCAUAAUGUUGGCUUUGCUGGUCCUAAGACAGAAAAUACUUUCCACAACACAGCUGGGCCUGGGGCCUGGGUAGAGAGGCAGACAGACAGACAGACAAAGACAGGCAGGCAGGCAGGCAGGUGAACAGACGGGGAUAGAAAGAGAAUGUCUGUACUUUGAACAGGAGAAAGACACGAGUUUACUGACAGAUAAAAUGACAGAUAAAAGUUGUUUUGAUUUCUCUGUCUCUUAGUAGCCGUCUUUAUAUGCCUGUAUAGUUGAUGUUGUAAUUAUGACUUCAGUUGGGGGAUUAUCGUGUGGUGUUCUUGUAUGAAAAUUAUAUAUAUUUUCACUUUUUUUUUUUGUCCUUGUUUUCUAUUUUUCUCCUCCUGGGACAGUGAUUGUCUCAGGGCUGCCAUUCUCUAUCUGCCUGCUUGACUGUGGGAACUAAUAUGCAUAUUAACGAUCAAAAAACAUUAUUGAUUGAUUGACACCCAUGGUAACAGAUUUAUGGUAAUGGAGGGGGAGGGGCACAUCAAUAAAUUCACUACUUCCAUAAA